CCAUCACUUUCUGAGAUGCUCAAGUCCUUGCAGAUAGCAAACUAUCUUCGAGGCAACAACCUGGUCAUUGCCAUCAACAGUGCCGCUGGCCUGUCCAUCUUCUUCUUUGGCUAUGAUCAAGGCGUCAUGAGCGGCGUCAACAUCGCUCCAGACUACAAGACUACUAUGGGUCUGUGGGAUAACGAAGCUCUUCUUGGUGGUAUUGUUGCGGUGUACUACGCAGGCACACUGAUUGGCGCCCUCAUGGGCGGCUAUGUUGGUGACAAGAUUGGUCGGAUCAAGUGUGUUGUUGUUGGUUGUAUUUUCGCUGUCUUUGGUGCUGCUCUUCAGACUGCUGCUACUAAUGUUCCAUGGAUGAUCUGCUCUCGUAUUAUUACCGGUAUUGGCACUGGUCACUUAAACGCUAUUGUACCAGUAUGGAGUGCCGAAACAUCGCAUCAUACCUCGCGCGGUAUGUUUAUCGCUAUGGAGUUCACGCUUAACAUUUUUGGUGUUGUUGUUGCGUAUUGGAUCGCCUAUGGUCUUAACAGCCACGAAGGUGGUUUCCGUUGGCGUUUCCCCAUCGGUUUCCAGUUGAUCCCGCUACUAGUUCUUGCUGUCUUCAUCAAUAUCUUCCCUGAAUCACCUCGAUGGCUCGUCAAAAAGGGCCGAACGGAAGAAGCCCUAAAUAUCCUGGCAGCCCUGCGCGGUGACGGUGAUGUGAGCCAUCCCAAUGUCACACAAGAGUAUGAGGAAAUUAAGGAGACAUUGCUGUUGGAAGAGAAGCAAGGUGGCGAGCCCAACUACUGGGACAUGUUGUUCAAGUAUGACGAGUUCAAUAUCCCCCGUCGUGUCCAUUUGUCCAUCUGGCUCCAAAUCAUCCAGGAACUUACCGGUAUUGGUGUUAUUACUGUGUAUGCGCCCGAAAGUUUUGCCAACGCCGGUUUCUCUGAGCGCACUUCCCAGCUUUUGUCUGGAUGCAACAACGUCAGUUACAUGCUCUGCACCCUGGUAGCCGUGUUCACGCUUGAUAGGUGGGGACGUCGGUUCACAUUGUUUUAUGGGGCAGUGUUCCAAGGCAUUUCAUUGAUUCUGGUGGCGGUUCUGACUAAGCCAGACCUUGUAGAAAUGAAUCCAACGGCCUUUGGUAUUGCUGCCGCUGUAUUUAUCUUCUCCUACACUGCAUUUUUUGGAAUGACUUGGUUGACUGUGCCCUGGUUGUAUCCUGUCGAAAUUUACCCACUUCGUGUUCGAGCUCGUGGUGGUGCAUGGAGUGUGGUCGGCUGGUCUAUUGGUAAUGCUGUAGUCAUGGAGAUCACGCCACCUAUGCUGGCAGGUAUUGGCUGGGCUACAUUCCUGUUGUUUGGCGCUCUCAACUUCCUUGCUAUUCCCGUCGUGUGGGCUAUGUAUCCCGAAACAAUGAACAAGACCUUGGAAGAGCUCGAUGUCAUCUUCAGCACGCGCUCAUUGCUUGUCUGGAACGCCGAGAAAGAAUUGCUUGCCAAGGGUAUCGAUCCCAACGAUCCGUUGGCAACCCUUGCCAAGACCGAAAAAGCACAAGUUACUGCUUCGGAUACGGAGCCCUCCUCUUCGUCACAGGAGAAGAAGGGUAGUGAGAAGAUGGCUUAAUUAUUGUCCUUUCUUCAUGUUUACAGAAUUUAGAAACAAAAAACUUUCUUAUUGUCCUACCUACCAUUAGCGUACUUUUAUUUUACUAUUUUGUAUGAUUAUCUCACAAUUACCUUUUAGUGCUAUAUUUCUUCAUACGGCUUUAUGCUCCAGUUUAUCAUUUUUGUGUCCCAUCCUGUUAAUAUAUUACCACAUUCUCCCUUCUAUCAUCCUUAUUGCUAUACAGAAUUUCAUCACCGAAAAUGUACUUCGUCUAGUUGUAUAACCGCACCACAUUUGUGUAUUCCCCGUUCCUGGGCUAAAUGCGCCAUGUUACGGAGUCAACUGUAGUUCAUUUCGUUUAC